AUGCAGUUGUCACAGGAUGGUGCUGUCACCAGGAUGCAGUUGUCACCAGGAUGCAGUUGUCACCAGGAUGCAGUUGUCACCAGAUGCAGUUGUCACCAGGAUGCAGUUGUCACCAGGAUCCAGUUGUCACCAGGAUGCAGUUGGGUCACCAGGAUGCAGUUGUCAGCAGGAUGCGGUGCCGCUCACCGUAAUGCAGUUGUCACCAGGAUGCAGUUGUCACCAGGAUGCAGUUGUCACCAGGAUCCAGUUGUCACCAGGAUCCAGUUGUCACCAGAUGCAGUUGUCACCAGGAUGCAGUUGUCACCAGAUGCAGCGCUGCUGUCACCAGGAUGCAGUUGUCACCAGGAUGAAGUUGUCACCAGGAUGCAGUUGUCACCAGGAUGCAGUUGUCACCAGGAUGCAGUUGUCAGCAGGAUGCAGUUGUCAGCAGGAUGCAGUUGUCAGCAGGAUGCAGUUGUCACCAGGAUGCAGUUGUCACCAGGAUGCAGUUGUCACCAGGAUGCAGUUGUCACCAGGAUGCAGUUGUCACCAGGAUGCAGUUGUCACCAGGAUCCAGUUGUCAGCAGGAUGCAGUUGUCAGCAGGAUGCAGUUGUCACCAGGAUGCAGUUGUCACCAGGAUCCAGUUGUCAGCAGGAUCCUUAUUGUUGUCAGCACGCAAUAGGCCGUUAAGAGCAAGUGUCUGUAAAUGCCAGAAUUAA